AUGGUAUCAUGGAAAGCUUGACAGAACAAUUGCAGAAGAACGACUUCGGCAAGCAGGAAAACCUGGUAGUUACCUCAUUCGAGAGAGUGAUCGGAGACCAGGCUCAUUUGUGCUUUCUUUCCUUAGUAAAGCAAAUGUCAAUCAUUUUAGGAUUAUUGCCAUGUGCGGAGACUAUUACAUAGGUGGGCGUCGUUUUGCUUCGCUCUCAGACCUAAUUGGUUACUACAGCCAUGUGUCUUGUUUGCUCAAGGGGGAAAAAUUACUCUUUCCAGUAGCACCUCCAGAGCCUGUGGAGGACAGAAGGAGAGUUCGAGCAAUUCUACCUUACACCAAAGUGCCAGAAACUGAUGAAAUAAGUUUCCUUAAAGGAGACAUGUUUAUUGUCCACAAUGAGUUGGAAGAUGGCUGGAUGUGGGUUACAAACCUACGGACAGAUGAACAAGGUCUGAUUGUAGAAGACCUGGUAGAAGAAGUGGGAAGAGAAGAAGAUCCACAUGAAGGCAAAAUAUGGUUCCAUGGGAAGAUCUCCAAACAAGAGGCUUACAAUUUGCUGAUGACAGUUGGCCAAGUAUGCAGUUUUCUUGUGAGGCCUUCAGAUAAUACACCUGGUGAUUAUUCACUUUAUUUUCGGACUAGUGAAAAUAUUCAGCGUUUUAAAAUAUGUCCAACAUCAAACAAUCAGUUUAUGAUGGGAGGCAGAUAUUAUAAUAG